GGACAAUGCUAUGAUGCUCUGUGUGUAGCAGGGGAGCAUUAAUUGUUGCAUUCUCAGCUGCCUUUAUAUUGCUUGAGAGAUUCCUAUAGCCCUUGUUAGUCAGCUGGAAUUUACUGUCCCCAUUAACAUCCCUUGCUGGGACUGUGUAUUCUCUGGGGUGGGCUCCUGUUAUCCCCAAUGUUGCUCUGAGCACCAGACUAAACCUAAUGCUGUAGUAUGUAUACAGAAUACAGAAUGUAAUGCACCCUACGUUGCCCAUGUAACUUAUUGCAUUGCAUGUAAUGGGUCAGGUUCUGUAAUAAUCCCCAGCAAGUGAGGUAUCCAAGAAAGCUAAUGCUCAGUUGCAGAUAAAGCAGAUCUGUUCUUAUUCUCUCCUGUAAUAUGAGGGUGCACUUUGGGGUACAGCAAUUAGUUGCACUAAGCCGUCUGACUGCAGAAUAAAAGAUUAUUACAUUGCUGAUAUCCAGCCUGUGACUUGGGGAGGUGCUGGGACUCUAGGCUGGGAGUUGUAGUGCAACAGGAGCUGGACCUACCUUACUUUUUAUCAUAAACUAAAGCCCCAAAUGUCUUUACAUAGACACCCCCACCAGCCUUGUUUGUUGUGUAUGUUAAACUAAAUAAAUAAUAAUUUGUUUAUGAUCUCUUUGCCUGCAGCUCUUUAUCUGCGGUUGCAGUUGCUAUUUCACAAAGGGGAUGCUGGGAGUUGUAGUUCUAUAAGCAGCUGUGGCUUCGAAAAACCCCUAAGCUAGCUAUAGUUCCUCCACAGUUGAUGAAUCCACAACAUCUAAGGGGUUAAGGCAUUUUGGUGUUGCCAAAUAUACCCAACAGAAACUGCCACAUCAGCACCUCCAUCAGCCUCCAGCCAUUAGGAAUCAGUGACUCUCUCCCUCAAUAUUACAGUCAAGUAUCUGCCAUCCUUAGAAUAGAAGUCUAAUUUAGAGUAUUUAAAACCAGACACAUAUUAACUCCAUAUGCUGCAUGGCUAACUAGCAAUAACCUUCCAUGCAUGCUGCAGGCUGUAAUGGUUAACAUGCCGCCAUCCAGAAUUUCUUUUUGUAUAAUGACUAUAUACACUAGCUGAUUAUAUCAGAUUAUGUUAUUUUCUGUUGGUCCAAAGAAUCAGCAGCCCUGCCCCCAACUCCAUAGGUGUGUUUAAUAACCUUGUGUAGCGGCAGAGUAGAAUGCGCUAAUUAUUUUUGUCGCCAUUCGGAAUCUGCUUCACAUGUCUGUUUCUUUCAGAAUGAAAAUUGCAAACGUUGAUCUCACUAUGAAACAUUUUCAAGGUGUUCCAGUUUGCUCCCUAUUACUGAAGCCACCAUGUGGAUGAUCAAGCUUCUAGCCCUCAGUAUCCUCCUGGUUGUGGAUGCCGCCGUAAACAAGAAGCCAAUAGCAGAGAAAAAAGUGGAGCCUCCACUAGAGCAGAAGAUGAGCCAACAUGCAAAUGUACUAGCGGACAAGAGUGCAGGCCUGGCUUUCAACCUCUACCAAAUCAUGGCCAAGGACAAGAAAGUGGAGAAUAUACUUCUCUCUCCAGUAGUGGUUGCCUCUUCUCUUGGCCUGGUGAGUAUGGGUGGACAAGCCAGCACUGCAGCCCAAGCUAAAACCGUCCUUAAUGCGGAGAAACUCAGCGAUGAACACAUCCACUCCGGCCUUGCUGAGCUACUCAAUGAAGUUAGCAACUCCACUGCCCGCAACGUCACCUGGAAGAUGGGGAACCGCCUGUAUGGCCCCAGCUCCAUCAGCUUCUCCGACAACUUUGUGAAGGACAGUAAGAAGCACUACAACUAUGAACACUCCAAGAUAAACUUUAGAGACAAGAGAAGUACCUUGAGAUCAAUCAAUGAAUGGGCUGCCCAGACCACUGAUGGCAAGCUGCCUGAGGUAACCAGUGAUGUGGAGAAGACUGAUGGAGCUCUCAUUGUCAACGCUAUGUUUUUCAAGCCUCACUGGGAUGAACGAUUCCACCAUCAGAUGGUUGACAACCGUGGCUUCAUGGUGACCCGUUCUUUCACCGUGUCUGUCCCCAUGAUGCACCGCACAGGGCUGUACAAAUACACUGAUGAUGAGACAAAUAACCUCCAGAUCCUGGAGAUGCCACUAGCCCACAAGCUCUCCAGCAUGAUCAUCAUCAUGCCCUACCACGUGGAGCCCUUGGAGAGGUUGGAGAAGCUCCUGACAAGAGAACAAGUCAAUGCUUGGGAUGGAAAGAUGAAGAAGAGAGCAGUGGCUGUGUCUCUGCCUAAAGUCAGUUUGGAAGUCAGCCAUGAUCUCCAGAAACAUCUAGGGGACCUUGGUCUGACUGAGGCCAUUGACAAAUCUAAAGCUGAUCUCUCCAAAAUCUCUGGCAAGAAGGACCUCUACCUGGCCAGCAUGUUCCACGCCGCUGCCCUGGAGUGGGACACAGAGGGAAAUCCAUUUGAUUCUGAUCUCUACAGCCGAGAGGAGCUCAGGUCACCCAAGCUCUUCUAUGCCGACCAUCCCUUCGUCUUCCUCAUCAAGGACAACAAGACUGAUUCUAUCCUCUUUAUCGGCAGACUCGUGAGGCCGAAGGGAGACAAAAUGCGAGAUGAAUUAUAGUAGAUUAAGGAGUUCUAGGGUUGGGGAGGAGGGCUGGGUAGUCUUUAAAAAUAAUUUCUGUUUGUGAACAAGAGAAUGGUUUAUGGAUCACGUUAGGAUUUACUUCUUCAGAGCAUUCCACCAAAGCAGGAGGUUGUAAUGCCUUUGGUCUUACCUAAAAUAGGUGGUAGCUGGUGCUAAAGGGGAUCAUUUAAUAGAUGUUCUUAUCUCAGGAGAUUUCACUGGGCUGGGGAUAUUUAUUAUAUCUGGUUAAUUCAAAAAUGUGGAUAUUAUCAGUGUUCUUAUUACAUGUAUGGGAUCUAACAACUGGGAACCAUAAAGCUCGGAGCAUAAGUGCAUGGCCAGAAAAGCCCAGGUAUCAUGAGUUUCUAUACCUGUAAUUUAAUCUUUAAAAGUGCACUUCAGAGUUUAACUAAGGUCAGUUACAUCUAUCUAUCAAGCCAAUCAGGCUCCAUUUACUACUGGCCGACAGCUCUGAUUGAUGCCAAACAAGUCAUAACCGUUCAACUCCUCUGUCCAUGACCUGAGAUUCCGGCCAAGAAUGUGACCAAUGAAUGAUCUCCCCUGACCACUGGUCACUUUGUUCAAUUCAUGAUAUUUAGAGUUGUUUCUAAGUGAAUUUGCUACUGGAAAUUCAUGGUGAUGACAUGGCGGAGGCAGGCCUUGGAUAUGAUGUUAUUUAAAGCAUUUUUAAAGUAUAGACUACACGUGGCCCUUUAGGUGUUGUUCAACUAAAACUCUCAGAUUUUUGCUAUCAGGGGCCUGAAUCCCAGAGCUGGGGUGAGAUAUGAGUGAGAAUGAAUGGGUGCAUGUUAGUGUAUGGGGGGGGGGCUGUAUGGAUUGAAGUAUUAAAUAAACAAAAAUACAUUUAAAAAAAAUGAUUUUGCUUUACUUUCACCAUGUGGAUUCACAAAAUCUUUAUUUUGUAAAAGUUACAAUGAUGUCCGAGAGAAACUGACCUGUGUGUGUUUUAUUUGCAAUAAAACUUUAAAAAAAAUAUAUAUAACGGU